CAGACAUCUAUUGUCCAUCUUCAUCACAACAACCAAAAAAAAAAAAACUAAUAAGAAAAGAAAUGGGUGGCCUUAUGCGCCGCACCGUCUUCCUCUCCAUGUUCGUCGCUAUAACUCUGACAUCACAAGCUCAAUACCUUCUUCCGAUCACAAAAGACGAACCCACCAAACAAUUCUACACCACCCUCGACAUCGAUUUCGCCGCAAAAUCUCCCGUUAACCUCCUCCUCGAUCUCCAAACCAGCCUCACGUGGCUCAACUGCCGUAAACUCAAAUCUUUAUCGUUACUCCGCCUCGUCACUUGCCAGAGCUCCACCUGCAAAUCCAUCCCCGGGAACGGCUGCGACGGUAAAACCUGUCUUUACCGACAACCAACCCCUCUCGGCGUUACCCCCGUCGUCACCACCGGCCGUGUCGUUCAAGACCGAGCCACCGUCUCCAAAGCCUCCCUCCCCCGCUUCACAUUCUCCUGCGCCGAGGAGAAACGCCUCCAAGGCCUCGCCCCUCAACUCGCCGGAGUUCUUGGUCUUUCUCCGGGACAGUUUCCGUUCUGGAGACAGGUGACGUCAGCGUUUAACAUCAUCCCGAAGUUCGCUCUCUGCUUGCCUUCCUCCGGAACCGGUCACUUCUAUGUCGGGGGCGCUAACUACUAUCGUAUCCCGCCGUUCAACGGUGGUAGUAAUCCGGUUCCUAUGACUUUGACGCCGUUGAAAAACAUAGGCUCGGGAAAUUAUCUACUCUCUGUCCAGUCAAUCUACGUUGGCGGAAGCCCUUUAUCGUUGAGCCCAAAUUUGCUUGAGGGCGGAGCUAAGCUGAGCACGGUGGUUCCUUACACCGUACUGCAAACUGAUAUCUACAAUGCUCUUGCUCGGUCGUUUACGCAAAAAGCAACGAAAAUUGGAAUGUUUGAGGCUCCAGGGCAUGCACCAUUUACAGACUGCUUCGACGAAGGCGCUUCCUCUAGGAAUAAGAGGGGACUGAAGAAUGUGCCGGUGAUAGAGAUUGGAAUGCCGGGGAGGGCAGGGGAGGUAAAGUGGAGCUUUCACGGUGAGAAUACGGUGGUGAGAGUGAUGGAGACGGUGAUUUGUUUGGCGUUCGUCGACGGUGGAAAGAAACCUAAGGAGUCGAUGGUCAUUGGGACACAUCAGCUUCAAGAUUAUAUGAUCGAUUUCGACUUUAGCACCACGCUUAUGGCUUUUAGUGACUCACUCUUGCUCCAUAACACUAGCUGCUCUACGUGGCCUUCCCGGAAAUAGAAUCAUUUCACGCAUGCAUGAGUAUGACAUUAUCUUUUGACUUUUCAGCGUGUAACACAUGUGAUCCAGUCGAAUUUAAUAAAUUAUAAUCCGUUAUCGUUUA